UAGAACGAAGGGCUUUGACGGGGUUUUACGAACCUGAAACUUCACUCCACACUCCCUAUAUUCUCUAAUACCGCCUUCUUCAGUUCUUCAACCCAGAAAUUCUCCCCAAAUUUUCCCGCCCCGACACCCUCUUCUUCCUCAUUUUUACCUCACUCUCCCAAAAUCACUAUUUUUAGGGUUUCCGCAAUUUCUCAAAGCUCCAACAAUGGUGUCCCCUAAACUACUCCUUUCAACAAUUGAAUCCACGCUUCUAAGUUCUUCACCUCCUUCUCCUUCUGAUCGGAUUGAGCUUAUGCACGCAGUUCGCAGUUCUCUAUCUUCUCUCCAGAACCUCCUCUCUUACCCUCCCCCGAGACCUUCGGACCGAACUGAGGUGCAAUCGAAAGAAGUCCGGUUGCCGGAAUCACCACCGAUAUCUUUGGACGAUCAGGACGUCCAACUUGCUCUGAAACUGAGUGAUGAUCUUCACUUGAAUGAACUUGAUUGCGUCAGGUUGCUUAUUUCUGCUAACCAAGAGUGUGGCUUGUUUGGACGAGAACCUUUGGAAAUUUUGCGUCUAGCAACGGGACUCUGGUAUACAGAAAGAAGAGAUUUAAUCACAGCCUUGUACACUCUAUUAAGGGCUGUUGUUCUUGAUCAGGAUCUUGAAGGGGAUAUGGUGGCUGACAUUCAAAAAAAUUUGGAGGAUCUUAUAAAUGCUGGGCUUAGACAACGGCUGAUAAAUUUAAUCAAGGAACUCAAUUGGGAAGAACCAGCUGGUUUAGGGGGCCCUAACGCAGAGCGUUUUAUCAUUGAUGCUCGUGGUGCUAUUGUAGAACGGCGAGCAGUUGUUAGCCGGGAAAGGCUUAUUCUUUCUCAUUGCCUUGUUCUGUCUGCUCUGGUUGUUCGCACAACUCCCAAAGAUAUAAAGGAUAUUUUCUCCGUUCUGAAAGACAGUGCUGCUGAACUCAACAGUUACACAGAGACCUCAAAAUAUCAGAUUACAUAUGGCAUCCUCUUUUCUCUUGUAAUUGCAUUCACUUCUGAUGCUUUAAGCACUGUCCCAGAGAAAGUGUCUGUCCUUGCUCGUGAUGCUUCCUUCAGACAAGAAUUUCAGGAUAUUGUAAUGGCUCCCGUUAAUGAUCCAACCGUUGGUGGUUUUGUUGAUUGUGUACGACUGGCUUGGUCAGUACAUUUGAUGUUGAUACAAGAAGGAGCUGCGGCAAGGGAUACGAUCUCCACUGCUCCAUCCAAAGACUUGCAGAAUUUUAGUUCUUGCUUGGCAGUAAUUUUCACAAACAAUGUGUUUCAGUUUUUCCUGGACAACGUUCUUCGAACUGCUGCUUAUCAGAAUGACGAUGAAGAUAUGACGUAUAUGUACAAUGCUUAUCUUCACAAGCUUAUCACUAUAUUCUUGUCUGAACCACUUGCUAGAGACAAGGUUAAAGAGGUCAAAGAGAAGGUUAUGACAACGCUAAGCCCUUACCGCAUGGGCGGACCACAUGGCUUUUCUCACAUGGACAACCUAAAUGCUGAUCAUGCUGCUGAAGUGGACCGUCAACCAUUUAUGUCCUUGUUGGAGUUUAUUAGUGAAAUUUAUCAGAAAGAACCAGAAUUACUCUCUGGCAAUGAUGUAUUGUGGACAUUUGUGAACUUCGCUGGGGAAGAUCACAGUAAUUUUCAUACGCUGGUUGCUUUCUUGAAAAUGCUUGGCGCCUUGGCUUGCAGUCAAGAGGGUGCAUCAAAAGUUUUUGAGCUGCUUCAGGGGAAAACUUUUCGUUCUGUUUCCUGGAGCACUCUGUUUGAUUGCCUGUCAAUUUAUGCUGAUAAAUUCAAGCAGUCUCUUCAGAGCACUGGUUCUUUGUUGCCAGAAUUUCCAGAAGGGGAUGCUAAAGCAUUGGUUGCAUAUUUGACUGUUCUUCGAAAGGUUGUCGAAAAUGGAAAUCCCACUGACCGGAAAAACUGGUUUCCUGAUAUUGAGCCAUUAUUUAAACUCCUUAGUUAUGAAAACGUGCCUCCUUUUCUCAAGGGUGCCUUGAGAGAUGCUAUUGCAGUGUUUAUUCAAGUUACUGCGUUGAUGAAAGACACUAUAUGGGGUUAUCUUGAGCAGUAUGAUCUGCCUGUUGUAGUUGGACCUCAAGUUGGAAAUACACAACCAAUGUCUACCCAGGUGUAUGAUAUGCAGUAUGAGUUAAAUGAAAUUGAGGCAAGGAGAGAAUUUUACCCCUCUACAAUUUCAUUUAUAAAUCUUUUGAAUGCUCUUAUUGCUGAAGAAAAAGAUUUCAGUGACGGAGGCCGCAGGUUCGUUGGUAUAUUCAGAUUCAUAUAUGAUCAGGUCUUUGUGCCUUUUCCGCAAAGGGCCUAUGCAGAUCUGUCUGAAAAAUGGCAGUUAGUAGUUGCUUGUCUUCAUCACUUUCGAAUGAUAUUAAGUACAUAUGAGAUCACAGUUGAGGAUAUUGAGAGUGUGGUUGACAGAUCUCAGCUUUCAACAGUUCAGCAACCUGUUCAACACCAACUACAGCUUCCUGUUGUUGAGAUUAUGAAGGAUUUCAUGAGUGGUAAAACAGUAUUCAGAAACAUUAUGGGUAUUCUCUCACCUGGGGUCAACGCAAUCAUCACUGAACGCACUAGCCAAAGAUAUGGGGGCCUUUUGGAGAAAGCUGUUCAUUUAUCUCUGGAGAUCAUGAUUCAUAUUUUGGGAAAGGAUAUACAACUGGCUGAUUACUGGCGCCCUCUUUAUCAGCCUUUGGAUGUGAUACUCGCACAAGAUCAUAAUCAAAUUGUAGCUUUGUUGGAGUAUGUAAGAUAUGAUUUACAUCCACUUAUUCAGCAAUGUUCCAUCAAAAUCAUGAGUUCUUUGAGCUCUCGAAUGGUUGGGCUUGUUCAGUUAUUACUGAAAUCUAAUGCUGGUAGCUCCUUGGUAGAGGAUUAUGCUUCCUGCCUGGAGAUACGCUCACAAGAAAGCCAGAAUGUUGAGAAUUGCGGUGAUGAUCUGGGUGUGCUCAUACUCCAGCUUCUUAUUGAAAAUAUCAGUAGGCCAGCACCAAAUGUGACUCAUUUGCUACUAAAAUUUGAUCUGGAUACCCCAAUUGAGCGUACAGUCUUACAGCCAAGAUAUAAUUACAGUUGCUUAAAGGUUAUUCUUGAUAUGCUGGAUAAACUUUUGAAGCCGGACGUAAAUGCAUUGCUUCAUGAGUUUGAGUUUCAGCUUCUUUAUGAGUUAUGUGUUGAUGAACUUACAUCUGGUCCAGUAAUGGAUCUAUUGAGUAAUAAGAGAUAUCAUUUUUUCGUCAAGCAUUUGGAGACGAUUGGCAUUGCUCCACUGCCUAAAAGGAAUAAUGCCCAGGCUUUAAGAACCAGUUCACUUCAUCAGAGAGCCUGGCUGUUGAAGCUGCUUACAGUGGAGCUGCACUCUGGCGAUGUGACUGAUUCCAGUCACAGGGAAACAUGUCGUAAAAUUCUUGCCUAUUUGUUUGGGCAAGAUAUGAACGAACUGGAGGGUGAUCAAGAUAUUCCUUCUCUGCAAAAUAGAGAAAGUGCUGGAACUAGAACAUUCAGUAAGAGCAAGGCAUUAGAGCUGCUUGAUAUCAUACAAUUUAGAGCACCUGAGGCCACUAUGGACUAUUCACAAGUUGUAUCUAAUAAGAAAUGUAGCUUGCUAGCCGAGGAGAUACUUCGAAGUUCUGCGCCCGAAAAGGAUGGUGUAUACUAUUACUCAGAGCGUGGUGAUCGUCUAAUCAAUCUUACAUCAUUCCGGGACAAACUUUGGCAGUUGAGCUCCUUUGGCAAUGAACUCGAGGUUAAUGACUUACGAGAGAUAGUUCAACAAUUGCUUAGAUGGGCUUGGAAGUACAACAGAAAUCUGGAGGAACAAGCUGCUCAACUUCAUAUGCUAACUGGCUGGUCCCAGAUUGUUGAGAUCUCUGCUUCAAGAAGAUUGUCAUCCCUCGAAAAUAGAACUGAAGUCUUGUUUCAAUUGCUUGAUUCCUCUAUGAGUGCUUCUGCGUCACCCGACUGUUCUCUCAAGAUGGCACUUUUGUUGACUCAGGUCGCCCUCACAUGUAUGGCCAAGCUGCGGGAUGAUAGAUAUUUAUACCCCGCUGGUUUAAAUUCAGAUGCUGUAACAUGUCUUGAUGCUAUCAUGUUUAAACAAUUAUCAAACGGAGCUUGUCUCUCUAUAUUGUUUAAACUUACUCUGGCACUACUGAGGCAUGACUCAUCAGAAGCCUUGAGAAGAAGGCAAUAUGCGUUGCUACUGAGCUAUUUCCAGUACUGUCAACAUGUGCUUGAUCCAGAUGUACCAAGGAGGAUGCUGCAGCUACUACUUGGUUCCGAUCAGGACAGUGAAGAUAUGGACCUUGAAAAGAUUGACAAAGAGCAAGAAGAACUAGCGCGGUCAAAUUUCUCUAUAUUGAGGAAAGAAGCUCAAGCCAUUCUAGAUUUGGUCAUAAAAGAUGCAACCCAAGGCAGUGAAUCUGGGAAGACUAUAUCUCAUUUUGUUCUUGAUGCACUAAUAUGUAUUGAUCAUGAUAAAUUCUUCUUGAACCAACUUCAAAGCAGAGGUUUCCUAAGGUCUUGCUUGAUGAGCAUCAGCAACUUUUCUCAUCAGGAUGUUCGACGCACUAUGGAGAACUUGCAGAGAGCCUGCACACUUGAGGCUGAACUGGCCUUGAUGUUGAGAAUCAGUCAUAAAUAUGGAAAGGCCGGGGCUCAGGUUCUAUCCUCUAUGGGUACAUUGGAGCAUUUGACUUCUUGCAAAGCAAUAUAUAUGCCAUUGAAGGGAAGUUUAAGACGGUUGGAGACUAGGAUUGGAAGGGAACUGCCUGCGAAUGCCAACCAGCAGCAAGUAAUAGUUUCUCCAGUAUUGAGAUUGGUGUUGUCUCUGACUUCAUUGAUUGAUGCAUCAGAUUUCUUCGAGGUGAAAAAUAAAAUCGUACGCGAGGCCAUCGAGUUUGUGAAAGCCAAUCCUUCUCUGUUUGACCGUGCUCUGCAAGAAAACAUUUUUGAAGUUGAUGAACUGAUGAUGGAGUUUAUCAAUCUUGUUGUUGGCAUAUUGAGUAAGGUCUGGCCUUAUGAGGAGAAUGAUGAAUUUGGAUUUGUUCAAGGCCUUUUCCGGAUGAUGUGUGAUAUGUUCUCACAAGAUUCUGAAUCAUUUUCUUCUGUCCCUUCUGGGUUGUCUCCCUUGAACCAAAGGAGGUCAGAACUAAAGAAAUUUCAAGUAGGCUUCAGGCUCAGUUCAUACCUUUAUUUCCAAGUGACGAAGAAAGCCCUUAGGUUGCAGGUCUCAGAUGGUCAAUCUGCUUACAAAUUUGGUGGAAAACAGCAACCAACACUAGCAUUGCUUGGCCAUUUUCUCAACACUGUAACCAGUGCUCUUGAAAGGGCUGCUGAUGAGAAGUCUCUGUUACUUAACAAGAUUCAAGACAUAAAUGAGCUAUCAAGACAAGAAGUGGAUGGCAUAAUCAAUUCCUUUACAGAAAAGACUCGCGUUUCUUCAUCAGACAACACAAACACAAGACGGUAUAUUGCAAUGGUGGAGAUGUGUCAAAUAGUUGGAGACCGAGAUCAGCUAGUUACUUUAUUACUUGUACUGGCAGAGCAUAUGCUGAAUGUGAUGCUUACACAUUUCCAGGACGCUUCUUUAAUGGCUGGAACGAAUGGAACUGCGAAGCAGAUUGCCUAUACUUCAGAUGUGGAGUCUAAACAGGAUCUCUCAUCAUUAUGUGGAAAGUUACUUCCCAUCUUAGAAAGAUUGGAACUGCUAAAUGAGGAUAAAAUUGGACAGAGUCUUAAGGUGUUUGGCAGAUUAGUAACAUCACUCAAGGAGUUGACCAUCCGAAAACUGGCGUUAUGACUGUCAUCAAGCUCAGAAGUUCUAUAGGAUUUUUGAGGUUGAUAUAAUUUUAUUGUAAUGUUGAAUGUCUACAUAUAUCUGCUGUGACCUACAGCAUGAACGAUGUUCUCAUAAUUAUAAGGGUCAUUGUUUGUAUAUAUUCAACCUGCCGUUGCCCUUGUUUUGUUUGACCGGUUUAAGGGUAGCAUGUAGUCGAUUGUAUCUGGGAGGAGGAAAGUGCAGACAGUUUCACUGUUUCAGUCAAUACUCAAUAGUAUGGAAUAUCGUACCAUACUUGCAGAAAUAUUGUAUUGGUGCAAAUAGUAUAUUUCACAUACUAUUCUUAUUA